UCGGGUUUAAGACAGCUGAUCGCUGGUCGUCUCCCUGGCGUCCGUGUGUUACAGGACUAUUAACACACUCGGUUUAGAGCGCAGGGAUAGUGGAGCUCGGGAAAACACCACACGAAGGCUGCCAUGGUUUUGUAGUGCGCUGUCUAUCGGCCGGUCUAUCGGGAAAGGCGAAAUCUGCAAAAGGGAAAAAAAAGAAGGGAAAUGUUGUGAAAAAUAUGGGAGGUUGAAGGCCCAUACACACCGCAGUGCCAGGUUGUUGUUGCGUGAGAAGGGGAGGUUGGAAGACCAAGAGAAAGAGCGAGACAAUAACAACAGUGUGUGGUUAUCGCUACGUAGAGAAGAGUGAAGGACAGAGGGAACAGGGAAAACAGGACCAUAUUGCUACCUGUCCAUCCGAUCCAAAAGCCAAUCUAGCGUAAUUUUUUUCUUUCCCCCAACAAAGACCAAAACACAACUAAAACAGACGCCUUCGCAGACCAGAAGACGCCAAGAGAACCCGAAGAAGACAGAAUGGGCAGCCAAGACGCCUCAAGAAGCCUGUGGGUGUUCGGCUACGGGUCCCUCUGCUGGCACCCUGGCUUCCAGCACGGUGCCUCUGCCGUGGGACACAUAGAGCACUACGUCAGGAGGUUCUGGCAAGGGAAUUCUACACACAGAGGCAUCCCCGGCAAGCCCGGGAGAGUAGCGACCCUCGUGCAGGAAGAAGGGGGCAUCACCUGGGGCGUGGCGUACGAGCUGAAGGGCGAGGACGCACUCCGCUACCUGGAGAACCGUGAGGUGUCUUUGGGAGGCUACACCACCGCCGUCGUCAGCUUCUUCCCGAGGGACGCCGGCCUCGAGCCCUUCCCGGUGCUGCUCUACAUCGCCACGCCCGCGAACCGAGAGUGGGCGGGACAGGCGCCCAUGCAUGAGAUAGCCACUCAGAUCACGCAGUGCUCCGGCCCCGCGGGCCACAACGUGGAGUACCUCCUCCGGCUGGCCGACUUCAUGCGCGAGAAAGUCCCCGAGGGCUACGACGAGCACCUGGCCACCCUGGAGGCCCUGGUGCGGCUCAGGGUCAAGGAGAACAACCUGUGCCUUAAGUCCCUGAUGGGGGACGGCCCUCGGGAUCCCCAGCAGCCCCUCCCGCCGCAGCAGCAACAUCAGCAGCAGCAGGUGGCGUUGGCGGCAGGAGGGGGAGACGGCGGAGGAGGAGGAGGAGGAGGAGGACUCAACAGAGCGGCUGCUGGAGGAGGAGGUGGUGGAGGAGGAGGGUUUCUUCACCAUCAUCUCCACCAUCACCAGCACGACGCCCCUCAGCCCGCCGAGGAGAGGAGGGACACCUUCCAGUUCGCGGCCAAAGUCCCUCCGAAGAAACUCCGUUGUCUCAAUGUCUAGAAUUAGGGGCGGGGCGUAGGGGCGGGGGGCGUAGGGGCGUCUCCGGAACCUACU